AUGCCAUAGAACUGCGAGCGGUAUUGACCUCAUAUAUAAAUAUCACCCCCUGUGCCUUACUUGAAAAAUAACUCUAGGCUUCUUCAAUCUGUAUCCAUCUUACGAUACUAUAUUUCUAAAAGCCUUCAAUCCAAUCCAAGCCCUGGUUACUUUCACAAUGUCUCACCCACGCCGCGCGGUUAUCGCAAUCACCUCCGCCACUGCCCCCCUUCACAAUGGCAACCCAACAGGUCUCUUUAUCUCCGAAGCCCUUCAUCCUUUCCAAGUUUUCACCGCCGCUGGAUUUGAAGUGGACCUCGUGUCUGAGACAGGUAAAUAUGUACCAGAUUGGUUGAGUCAGCAACCAGACUUUCUCGCUGGUGAGGACAAGAAGCAGUGGGAGGAUGUAAGCGGGGCAUUUCGACAGAAACUCGACAACAUGCCCAAUGUCAAAAGCAUUGAUGGGAAGAAGUACGGCAUCUUCUUCGCUAGUGCGGGACAUGCCGCUCUCAUUGACUUUCCCCACGCGAAGGGUCUGCAGAAGAUUGCUACAGAUGUUUGGGUAGAAGGCGGUGUCUUGUCUGCUGUCUGCCAUGGCGCAGCAAUCUUCCCCGGCGUCAUUGAUCCUGACACAGGCAAGUCUGUAAUUCAAGGUAAGACUAUCACAGGCUUCACUACCCAAGGAGAAUAUGAUAUGCAUAUCAUGGAACCUAUCCAAAGCUGGGGAGAGCCUCUUAUUGAUGAAUGGGCGGAGAAGUUGGGUGCAAAGUAUGUUCGAUCUGCUGGCGUCUGGGACGACUUCCAUGUCACCGACGGGAGAAUUGUGACAGGCAUGAACCCACAGAGUGCAAAGAGCACUGCAAAGGUUGCGCUUGAAAUAUUCGAGAAGCUGUAAGUGUGGCAACAAGAGAGACGGCAAAAAAGUAGGCGGCAUAGAGCUAGUCAGUUAGUGAUAAUAUGACCAG